CUCCCUCUCACAGAGUUGAAGUUAAUUGAGGCCGGUAUCUUUGCUUUUGAGUUUUGAUUUCUUUCAUCACACUUCCGCCUUCAACUUCCCCUAUAAAUUCCUGCUCAAACCGCUUCAACUCCUCCACACCACACCAUUAUCAUCUUCAACUCCCAACUCUCUAUCCACACUCUCAACUUCCGAUUCUAUCGUUUUCUUUUUGUCUACUUCUUCCUUAUCUACCAGCAAUGGUGCAAUACGUGAGUUCCAGUUCUCUACUUCUCGCCGCCGUUCUGUUUAUGGUACUGCAGCCGUAUUGGGCUACUGCAGUUACGUACAAUGUGGUGAAUUUGGGUGCUAAAGGCGACGGUCGUACUGACUCCACUAAGGCUUUUCUCAAUGCAUGGGCUGCGGCUUGUGGCUCCGCCUCGCCUGCUACCAUUUACGUGCCGCCUGGGAGGUACUUGCUCCUCAAUGCGGUGUUCCGUGGCUGCAAGAACCAUGCUAUCACCUUCAGAAUUGAUGCAACGCUGGUGGCUCCCUCGGACUAUCGCGUUAUCGGCAACGCUGCAAACUGGCUAGCCUUCCAAGAUGUCACUGGCGUUUCCAUCAUCGGCGGGGUCCUCGACGGCCAGGGGACUGGUUUGUGGGCCUGCAAGAGGUCCGGCAAGAGUUGCCCCAGCGGCGCCACGACACUGGGACUUACCAAGUCCAACAACAUCCUCAUCCGUGGAUUAACAUCACUCAACAGCCAAAUGUUCCACAUUGUCAUCAACGGCUGUCACGUUGUGAAACUUCAGGGAGUGAGGGUCUCUGCCUCCGGCCACAGCCCAAACACCGACGGCAUCCAUGUACAGUUAUCGUCCGGGGUCACGAUCUUGGACACCCAAAUCAAGACCGGCGACGACUGCGUCUCUGUCGGCCCAGGCGCCACCAACCUGUGGAUCGAGAAUGUUGCCUGUGGACCAGGCCAUGGCAUCAGCAUUGGAAGCCUAGGCAAGGACCUCAAAGAAGAGGGUGUCCAAAAUGUGACAGUUAAGACGGUUACUUUUACCGGUUCACAAAAUGGGGUGAGGAUCAAGUCAUGGGCCAGGGCCAGCAAUGGGUUUGUUAAGCGUGUUGUUUUCCAACACAUACUCAUGGUCAAUGUCCAAAACCCCAUCGUCAUUGACCAAAAUUACUGCCCCGGCCACAAAAAUUGUCCUGGACAGGUUUCUGGAGUAAAAGUUAGCGAUGUAACAUACCAAGAUAUCCAUGGCACAUCUGCAAGUGAAGUUGCCAUGAAGUUUGAUUGUAGCUCCAAAAAUCCAUGCAGUGGGAUAAAACUAGAAGACGUUAAGCUCACUUAUAGGAACAAAGCCCCUGAAUCCUCGUGUGUCAAUGCAGGUGGGAUGGCUUCUGGAUUUGUCGAGCCCGCCAGUUGUUUGUAAUGAGGAAAAAAACAAAGAACAAGACAAAUUUAAGUAAUAGAAUAAUGAAAAAUAGGAAGAAAAUAUAUGGGGUGCAUUAGGGUGCCCAAAGGCCUAGCAUAAGAAAUAAUACCAGUUAAAUUAUUUAGCAUGGAGUGAUAGUGAAAUAGGCGACAGAAUUGUUGCUUGAGCCUGUGGCUGUGAUGAGCCCUUUGGGCUUCAUGCCUGGCCUUGCCCUAGUCAUAGUAGCUGCUCAACCCCCUUGUUGGGUGAUUGUUCCAACA